ACACUGGGCCCCGUCAGCUUGGGGGUGCCUUCGUAGCUUAGCGUUGCGUCGGCUCGGCCCGGCCCGGCCCGCGGGCAGAUGCCCCGAGCUGCCACCGCCGCCGCCGCCGACUCGGCCGGUGGCGGUGUGGGAGGCUGACGUCUGGCUCGGGCCGCCGAGUGUGACCGACGGGGUCGGGGGGCGCCGGGCGUCGGCGCCUUCGCGCGGACCAUGUAUUUCCUGAGCGGCUGGCCCAAGAGGCUGCUCUGCCCGCUGGGCAACCCGGCUGAGGCGCCUCUUCACAUUCAGUCCGACCCCCACAGGACUUUCUUCGCCGUGCUGGCCCCGGCCCGCCUCAGCAUCUGGUACAGCCGACCCAGUGUAUUAAUUGUAACCUAUAAGGAACCUGCAAAAUCAUCUUCUCAGUUUGGAUCCUACAAGCAAGCUGAAUGGCGGCCAGAUAGUACCAUGAUAGCUGUGUCGACAGCAAAUGGCUACAUUCUGUUUUUCCAUAUUACCUCUACAAGAGGGGACAAGUACCUUUAUGAACCGGUAUAUCCCAAAGGCAGUCCACAAAUGAAGGGGACACCCCAUUUUAAAGAAGAACAGUGUGCUCCAGCAUUAAAUUUAGAGAUGAGAAAAAUACUGGAUUUGCAAGCCCCCAUUAUGAGUUUGCAGUCUGUGCUGGAAGAUCUCCUGGUGGCUACUUCUGAUGGACUUCUUCAUCUUAUUCACUGGGAAGGAAUGACAAAUGGAAGGAAAGCCAUUAACCUUUGCACAGUGCCCUUUUCAGUGGAUCUGCAGUCAUCUAGAGCAGGUUCAUUCCUGGGCUUUGCAGAUGUGCAUAUCAGAGACAUGGAAUACUGUGCCACACUUGAUGGAUUUGCUGUUGUGUUUAACGAUGGCAAAGUUGGCUUUAUUACACCAGUGUCGAGUAAAUUUACUGCAGAGCAGCUUCAUGGAGUUUGGUCACAAGAUGUUGUUGAUGGGACUUGUGUUGCAGUAAAUAACAAGUACCGACUAAUGGCAUUUGGCUGCGCAAGUGGUUCUGUACAGGUUUAUACAAUAGAUAACACCACUGGAGCUAUGCUGCUGUCUCAUAAACUGGAGCUAACAGCAAAACAAUACCCUGACAUUUGGAACAAAACAGGAGCUGUUAAAUUGGUCAGAUGGUCUCCUGACAAUAGUGUUGUAAUGGUGACUUGGGAGUAUGGAGGCCUUUCUUUAUGGAGUGUGUUUGGAGCCCAGCUGAUUUGUACACUUGGUGGAGAUUUUGCUUAUAGGUCUGAUGGUACCAAAAAAGAUCCCCUUAAGAUCAGCUCUAUGAGCUGGGGUGCAGAAGGCUAUCAUUUAUGGGUAAUCAGUGGAUUUGGCUCUCAAAAUACUGAAAUUGAGUCUGACCCCAAGAGUAUUAAACAGCCUGGAAUUCUGCUGUUUCAGUUUAUCAAGAGUGUGCUCACUGUAAACCCUUGUAUGAGUAACCAAGAGCAAGUGUUGCUUCAGGGGGAAGAUCGUUUAUACUUGAACUGUGGAGAGGCCUCACAAACACAGAAUCCUAGGAGUUCUUCAGCACGUUCUGAGCAUAAGCCCAGUCGGGAAAAGAGCCCAUUUGCAGAUGGUGGUUUAGAGUCUCAGGGUUUAAGCACUUUACUUGGACAUCGGCAUUGGCAUGUAGUACAGAUUUCCAGCACCUAUCUAGAGAGCAAUUGGCCUAUACGGUUUUCAGCUAUUGAUAAACUUGGACAGAAUAUUGCUGUGGUUGGCAAGUUUGGUUUUGCACAUUAUUCUUUACUCACCAAAAAAUGGAAACUUUUUGGAAACAUUACCCAGGAGCAAAAUAUGAUUGUGACAGGUGGCUUAGCCUGGUGGAAUGAUUUUAUUGUCCUUGCAUGUUAUAACAUAAGUGACCGUCAAGAAGAGCUCAGAGUUUACUUGCGAACAUCAAAUCUGGACAAUGCCUUUGCUCACAUCACCAAAGCACAAGCAGAAACAUUACUGCUUAGUGUCUUCCGGGACAUGGUAAUAGUAUUUAAAGCAGACUGUUCAAUAUGCCUUUACAGUAUUGAAAGAAAAUCUGAUGGUCCAAAUACUACUGCUGGUGUUCAAGUUCUUCAGGAAGUCUCCAUGUCACGCUACAUUCCUCACCCUUUCCUGGUAGUAUCUGUCACUCUGACAUCAGUGAGUACAGAGAAUGGAAUCACCUUGAAAAUGCCACAACAGGCUCGUGAUGCAGAGAGCAUCAUGUUAAAUCUCGCAGGACAACUCAUCAUGAUGCAGAGGGACAGAUCAGGCCCUCAGAUCCGGGAGAAGGACAAUAAUCCUAACCAAAGGAAACUUCUGCCAUUCUGUCCUCCUGUUGUACUUGCCCAGUCUGUUGAAAAUGUUUGGACCACAUGCCGAGCAAAUAAACAAAAGCGACACCUUCUGGAGGCCCUCUGGCUGAGCUGUGGUGGUGCAGGGAUGAAAGUCUGGCUCCCUCUCUUUCCUAGGGAUCACCGCAAGCCCCAUUCCUUCUUGUCCCAGCGGAUCAUGCUGCCUUUCCACAUCAAUAUUUAUCCUCUGGCUGUUUUGUUUGAAGAUGCGUUGGUCCUUGGUGCUGUCAAUGACACGUUACUCUAUGAUUCUUUGUAUACUCGGAACAGUGCUAGGGAACAGCUGGAGGUCCUCUUCCCUUUCUGUGUUGUGGAAAGAACCUCUCAGAUCUACCUCCACCACAUUCUUCGUCAGCUGCUGGUCAGGAACCUUGGGGAGCAAGCCUUGCUUUUAGCCCAGUCCUGCGCCACACUACCUUACUUCCCUCAUGUUCUAGAGCUCAUGCUCCAUGAAGUGCUGGAAGAAGAAGCUACCUCACGGGAGCCCAUUCCCGACCCUCUGCUUCCCACUGUGGCAAAAUUUAUCACCGAAUUCCCCCUCUUCCUGCAGACAGUUGUCCAUUGUGCCAGGAAGACUGAAUAUGCCCUGUGGAAUUACCUUUUUGCAGCUGUUGGAAACCCCAAGGACUUGUUUGAGGAGUGUUUGAUGGCUCAGGAUUUAGACACAGCUGCCUCUUACCUUAUAAUCUUACAGAAUAUGGAAGUCCCAGCAGUAAGUAGACAACAUGCCACCCUUCUGUUCAACACGGCCCUGGAACAAGGCAAGUGGGACCUAUGUCGACACAUGAUUCGAUUUCUUAAAGCAAUUGGCUCUGGAGAAUCUGAGACACCUCCAUCCACACCUACAGCUCAGGAACCUAGUUCAAGUGGUGGAUUUGAAUUCUUCAGGAAUCGAAGCAUCAGUUUGUCCCAAUCUGCUGAAAAUGUGCCUGCUAGUAAAUUCAGCUUACAGAAAACGCUAAGUAUGCCAUCUGGUCCUUCGGGAAAAAGAUGGAGCAAAGACAGUGACUGUGCUGAGAACAUGUAUAUUGACAUGAUGCUUUGGAGACAUGCUCGGCACCUCUUAGAAGAAGUUCGACUAAAGGACCUUGGCUGCUUUGCUGCCCAGCUGGGCUUUGAACUUAUUAGCUGGCUAUGCAAGGAACGCACCCGGGCUGCCCGGGUAGACAACUUUGUGUCAGCCCUGAAGAGACUCCACAAGGAUUUUUUGUGGCCAUUUCCCAUUAUCCCAGCCUCUUCUAUCAGUUCUCCUUUCAAGAAUGGAAAAUACCGAACAGUGGGAGAGCAGCUGUUAAAGUCUCAGUCAGCUGACCCUUUUUUAAACCUUGAGAUAGAUGCUGGAGUCUCUAAUGUCCAACGAAGUCAAAGCUGGCUCGGCAACGUUGGCCCAGCCCAUCCUGAGAUAGACACAGUCUCAUCACAUGGACCACAAAUGCAAGAUGCCUUCCUGUCACCUUUAUCUAAUAAAGGUGAUGAAUGCAGUAUUGGUUCAGCCACAGACUUGACUGAAAGCAGUUCCAUGGUGGAUGGGGACUGGACAAUGGUGGAUGAAAAUUUCUCCACACUCAGUUUAACUCAGUCGGAGCUAGAGCAAAUCUCCAUGGAGUUGGCGAGUAAAGGGCCUCACAAGUCCCAGGUCCAGCUUCGAUAUUUGCUACACAUCUUCAUGGAGGCGGGAUGUCUGGACUGGUGCAUUGUCAUAGGUCUGAUUCUUAGAGAAUCCUCAAUAAUCAACCAGAUUUUGGUCAUUAUACAGUCUUCAGAGGUAGAUGGAGAGAUGUUACGAAAUAUAAAGACAGGGCUGCAUGCAGUAGACCGAUGGGCUUCUACGGAUUGCCCUGGAUAUAAGCCAUUUUUAAAUAUUAUUAAGCCACAACUGCAGAAACUCAGUGAGAUAAUGGAAGAGCAGGUCCAGCCUGAAGCUUUCCAGCCAAUCACGGUGGGUAAGACUCCUGAACAGACUAACCCCAGGGCAGAGGAGAGCAGGGGCUCCUCGGGCCAUGGAAAUAUCCCUCAGGGUGAAGUUGGAAGCAGCAGUAUGGUCAACCGGAAAGAGGAGGACGCAACCCCAGCAGAGGAGGAACCUUUUCAGGAUGGGACUUACGACUGUUCUGUGUCCUAACAAUGGUGUACCAUCACCACGGGCAGUAUUAAUUGGCAGCAGCAUGCAACUGAGGACACUGUGACGUAGUUGGAUGGUUUAACCAAGGAGAGAAAGAAAGCUCAGAGACUGGUAAAGUAUUACUGUAUUUUAAACAACUCUCUAAGAAAUCUAUCUGACUCCAUAAAUAUGUGAUAUCAAAUCAUCUUUCAUUAAGAGGUGUUUUUAACUGCAAUGGAAAGUAAUAAAGAAUAUUUAUUGUAUGGAUGUACAUGAGAAUAUUUUGGUUUUAUUCUUAAGGGUUGGUAGCUCUUCUCUUACUCCGUAGGGAUUAUCAUGCCCCGGAUGAAUUUACCUUUUCACUGCUUAUAGCUUCUUACAUGUUUUCUAAACAGCGUGUGUGUCCCAAUUACUUUUUCAAAGUGGAGGUGCUUGCUCUAGCUUAUCAGAAGUUCAGCUAAGUGUUUGAGAGCACUGCACACCGUCAUUGGGACUCCUGAAUAGAUAUCUGCCUUUAAACAUGUGCCAGUGUCAUGGAGACUUGAUGGAAGCUAGUUACCUGAGAAGUCUAUGUCUGCUUUAGCAAGAUUGAUUCCUGCUAGGUGAGUGUAGGCAGACUCUGAGGAUUUCUUAUCAAUUAUGCUGUAGAUACCCGUAAACUAUUUUUAUCAAAGAAUCAUAUCUUUUUGUGAAUACUCUUAUGUAUAUAUACCCAAGGAUACUGUUCAUAUUUUUAGGCCUUGUAUUAUAAUUUUUAAGGUUUUCUGCUGAAUUCUGCAUGGCUAUAGCUACCCUUGGGAUAAAAAUAGGGCUUGCUCUUCUUUUCAAAUAUGAGCACUCUUCAUAAAGAAAGACAGGUCUAUUGGCUUAGUCAUAAAGGAACCAGAAAUGGUCAUACUGAUCAUGAAAUGAAACAGGCUUUGUGCAAAUUAAUGUUGUUUCUUAUUUAUUGGUUUUGUAAAUUGGAAUAAAAAUGAACUUUAAUGUAAAUAGACUGCUGAAUCCUGUAUUAUCAUGGCUACUAAAAAUUAGAAUGUAAAGAACACAUUCUUCAUUGUAAGUUUUUAAAUAUGUAUUUCUAGAUAUGACGGAAAUUUUAGUUUUCAUGUUAUGAAAACAUAACUGCAUAUCUUUAAUUGCUUCCAACUAAACAUAUCUACUGUAUGUAUUUCUGAUUAUCUUAUAAAACAGUAUUAAUUUAGAUAGCUCGUUUGUACUGUGCAAUUUGAACAAAGGAAUGCAAUGUUAUUUUUUACAAAAACAAACUUAUUUUUAUAAUAGUGUAUUGAUGAGGACCAAAUUCAUACCACUAUGUAAAACAGCCUCUUCUCAUAGUGCAAUUACAGCUUAGAAUUAAAACUUGGUCCUUUUACAGUAAAAGGCAAGAUCAGUUGUUCUAGCCAGGUUUCCUUUGAAGGGAAACUUAAAAAACAAUUUUGAAAUUGCUUAGUUCAAAAUUUAUGAAACUAUUUUAAACUAUUCAUUUUGGUAAUUUAGUAUCAUUUACUCUUUACAAGUGCAAUAAUUUCACAUACUGAAGCUCCAAAGUGAGUGGAAUAUGUGAUUUAUUGGUACCUGGUCCUUCUGGUGCUACUUUUAUUUAAAUCUUUGUUUUAAAUCAACCACCUUUCCCUGAAUCUAAGGAAAAAUAAUCAUUUGCCAUGUGAGUACAUGCAGCCCAGCAAGAAAUUGAAAUUUGUUCUGUCCUAUUGCAUUAAGGAGAAGAACCAGCAUUACGUUUGUCUUUGGUGUAAAUAUUCAGUCAAUAAAAGUGAUUUACCGUUGUAAACAGAUGUGAUCCUUUCAAAUAUCCUACCUAACGUGCUGCUGGGUUCAUAUUAAAAGCAGGACAUCGUAAGUUAACUACGUUCCUGUGGUUUAAAGCCUGUAAGUGAAUCUUCUAUGAAAUGCGUUUUUUUCAACUAACACAAAUGGUCAGCCCUGAAGUAAAAAUAAGAACUGGUAAGUGGACAUAAAAUUUCUCUUACUAUAUACCUUCAAAAAACCCUUAUUUUACCUGGUUCACAUAUCAACUGUUUAAGCCAUAAUUUUAUCCAAUUAAAUAUUCAGUAUAACUUAGAAUUUUACUAGAUACAUUUAUUUGCUGAUACCAAAAGAGAUCAUUUUGGGGUAGAGUCAACAUUAGCUUGUAAUUCAAGUUGCUGCUACUUCUGUAAUGUGUAUUUUUUUAUGUGGUAAAGGGCAAUAAAACCAUUAUAUAAACUUUCGUUUAUUCAUCUCAGGUUAACAGCAAAUAGAGUAAUUCCACCUUUUAGAAUAAAAACAAGAAUUGACAAAUAUCCUUAGAUGCCUGAGAAUAUUAGAUUGGCAUAAAAUAUGUAAAACUGUCUUUGGUGGAUAGAAAUCAGUGUGUAAGUCUGUAAGAGACUAUGCGUCAUCUCUAAAAGGUGGAAUUGAAAAUGACUUUUUCUUAGUUUCCAGUAUUCGUACAUCUGCUUUUUAUAUUUACAGGUUUGCCUAAUCUGGAUAUGUUGUAAAAUGGAAUCACCCAUGUGGCUUUCUCUGUUUUCUUUUAUUAGCAUGUUUUUAAAGCUGAAUAGUCAUCAGUAGUUGCCUGACAUUGGGUUGGUUCCACUUUUUGACUAUCAUGAAUGUAUUUUGUGAGUUCUCUAGGGGUGGAAUUGCUCGGUCAUAUAAUAUGGUUAAUUUUUUGAGGAAAUGCCAAGCCGUAUUACAAAGAACCUGUACUAUUUUGUAUAAAGUGGUUAACUAUAUAGAUCUGCAUUUCCCUACUGUCUUUUCACGUGAUUUUAAACGUUACUAUGGUGUUUGGAGAAAAAUGUCUAUUCAUCUUUGGUCAUUUACCUUAUCACAUCUUUUGAAAUAUAAACAUUUUACUUUUCCAAAGUCCAAUUUAUUUGUGCUUUUGGUGUUGUAUUGUGUAACCUAAGAUUAUGAAGAGUUGUGCCUAUGAUUCCUUCUAUGAAUUUAGCUCCUAUAUGAGGGUUUUUUUUUCCCCCCCUUAUGGCAUAAGUGGAGGCUCUGCAGUUCUCUGUGUGUAUACCUUUUACUAAAAUGAUUUCCCCCCCCACUGGAUUAUCAGUUAUAAUUUAUGUCCUUAAUGCCAGUACUUGCUGCCUUGAUUAUACUUUCAAAAGUUCCUAAAAAGCAACAUUACAGUCAAUUUUGGUGUAUAUUUACAAAAGGCAGCUGGGAUUUUGAUGGGGAUUAUAUUCAGUAUAUUAAUCAAUUUGAAGACUAGUUCCACCUAAAUUGGUAAGCUUUCUAACCCAUGAGCAUGUUUUCCAGUUAUGUCACCUUUACUUUCUUUCAGAAAUGUCUUAAUAGUAUGUGAAACAUUUUUAAAUUCAUUCAUUAACUAGUAGUUUUGCAUGGGUUCCCUAGGAUUUUUUACAACUAACAGAUGCAAUCUGAACUAAAGAUACCUUAAGUAAUCUACACGCCUCUUGCAAAAGUGCACUGGCUAGAACUUCUAGUAGAAGUGGCAAUAUUAUUGGACUUGUCUUACGAGGGAACGCCUCCCAUACUCCCUUAUGUUAACAGUUCUAUGACCUUACCUUUAUGAGGUUGAGGAAGUUUCCCUUCUAGUCUUUUUUCCUCAUGAAAAAAAUGUUGGAGGUUUGUCCAAAAAUUAUUUUUUGCACUUACUGAGGUGGUCCUUUAUUGUCUUACAUUAACGGACUUGCAGAUGUUCGACCAACUUUGCAUUCGUAGGAUAAAUCCCACUUGGUCAUGCUGUUGGGUCAAACUUGGAGAAAGGCAAUUUUUAUUUUGUAAAAAGACAGUUUAAAAGCACUUAAUGCAUUUUGGCCCUAAAAGAAGGCCACUAUGUGUUAAGGACUACAUGCUUUCCCACACAUUACAAAACUGCACCAUUUAUACUGUGUGGGUUAUUUUUUGGGUGUAGGAAUGCUAAAACUAGUAACUUACACACAAUUUUAUUGAGUAUUCCCAGACUCAAAAAAUAAGACCCACCACAUACAGGAAAUUCUACUUUCAAAUACAGGUGGAAACCAUGGAAGUUGUUUGCUUCACUAUAUGCUGCACUGAGGGUAUUCAGUGAAAUAACUUGGAAACAUUUUGGAACCCCUAAACAUGCUGAAGUCCAACAUUUACCAAAUUCUAGGUCAUUUUAUUUCUGCAUCAUUUCAUUCACAGGUAAAUAGGAUUCCAGAAAAUGAAUACUUUCUAAGUGACGUUCUUUGCUUACAUCUAUUGGAUUGUAGGGAACAUGAUGCAUUUUUGCUUGAAAAAAAAAAGACUUUUCUGGCAACCCAAUAUUAAAAUACCAUUUAUAUACCCCCACUACAUGCGCAAUGUAAGUCUUUUAACAGCAUUUUUUGGUUAACUUACAAAAAAGCUCUAUAUUUGAAAUGCCCCCCAAAAUGGGGGUUUACAGGAGAACAAAGAUAAGUUUUUCUGUUAAAGAUACCACCUAAUAGUAUAUUAAAACAUUUAUUUCAGUAACAUUGUAAGGCAGCAAUGAAAAACAGACAGUAUCAUUCUUUCUACAUCUUCCUGAGUCAACAGGGUCGCUUAUGGCCCCCUUGGAGAUAACAUGUCAGGAUCCUAUCACACUUAACUGUGGAAAACAAACAAUUCAUGCAACAAUCAUUCUUAGAUCAAACAAAAAAUAAUUUCUUCACACGUUCCCUGAAUGUGCAGUACUAUACUGUGGUACUUAGAAUUUAAAAAGACCCUUUAAAAAAUGGGUUAUUCAAAUCAGGUAUUUUUCAUCUCAGAGGCUGCUAAUCUGACAGCAUGCUUAUUAACGGAGCCAUAAAUAUUAGGUGCAAUUAUUUCUGCCAUUAAAACCACCUCCCAGAGUUUUAUUGCCCUGCAACUAGUGAACCUCUUGUUUCUGACCUUGCACAAUAUCAAAGCUUUAUAAUGCUAAACAAAACCAUGAUUACUACUAGAAAGGAAUAUUCAACAUCCUCCCCAAAGGGGAAAAAAGGUAACAGAAAAUAAUUUGUUUUCUUCAACACUUGGGGUUUGGAUUUUUUUUUUUCCCCUCCAACAAUUUCUAAUGAUCUAUUUCAGAAUAAACACAAUGAGCACAAAUCUGCCUAUAUUUGGAAAUUCACUGAGAUUACUAUUUCUAAGUUCUCCACAACUGUGAUUCUAUACAAGCUAUGAACAUUGCAAACCUUAAGUGCGGCAGGAGCCACACAUUUAAAAUAUUUCAAACUUAAUAUAUGGUUUCUACAAUACCUGGGAAAAGUGGCUCCAGUAUGCAGGCCACGUCAUUGUUCAGCUCUCGGGCUGCAGCCCUGCUCUGUGGGUCCAGUUUUUCAGGAGUCACAAAUUAGGCAGAGAUUGUGAGGAGCAUAAUUCAGAAAAUAUCGUGAACACUUUGCACAAAGAGCUUCAAGUGGAGUCUCUACUUGCUAAACUCAACAUUUGUUCAACUUUUUAUGUAUCUCGAGUAACUUAAUCACUGAUCUCACCAAACCUUUCCACUAUUUGAGCCAAGAAUUCAUGAGUGGCACUGUUAUGAUAUGCUGCAUGACUGCCAUUAUGCAGAAAUCUAAACACUAAAACUGUAUGUACAGGGACCUCAUUCCAGUACAAACCACAACCUCAAGUCUCGGGAAAGCCAAGUAUGCUGGACAGUAAGUUACCGAAACUGUUGAAAGAGCAGGAAAACAGACAAAAACACGGACACAGUGCAUUAAAAGCAAGGUCUAAAUGAUUAACCUUGUCUAUCAGAAGACUCCUACGAAACAGGGAAUGGAUCUUCAUAAAAUGCUCUAUCACUCCCAACUCUCCUCCCGCCUCAGAAUAGCCACCAUGGCAACUCAGCACUCUGAGGAAGUUAGGGUCAUGUACUUGCACAAACAGUAUUCUGAACCAGAAGGGCCUGUGAAAACCCAGAGGGAAGAGUAGCUGGGCAAAUGAUCCUCCUCUCCAAGCGGUAAGGUAGAGAAAGGGAUCAGAUGUGUUUCGGAGGAAAACAGAAAACCACAAGGUUGAAUCUUGGUGACUUGUCAGAAUGACAAGGCAUCAACUCAGCACAGGGAUCCACAUCAGGAGUCCUGGGGUUCAGUGCAGAGGUGGAAAGCAGGCUGCCUGAAGAAGCAGAGCUCUUAAGCACAGCCUGGGGACACAAAAGUCCAAUGGUUCUUCCCCAGUCCUCCCUGCAGUAGCUUUCCAAAGACCUAGAAUGAGGCCUCAAGAGGGGAAUCGUUACCACGAGGUGAAUGAUAUUUACCUAUCAUCCACUGACACAAGUGGUCUCAUGCUUUAAAUGGAUAUGACAUUUGUCUCAUUAAUAAUGGUCUUACAGUACCUCAUACAUCAUUCACCAGCCUAAGGGGACAACUACGGAAGUGGUUUGUUGGCUUCUGUUCAUAUAAAAUGUGUGUGUAGUGGCAAUACCCACAUGUGCUUACUACAUGCUAGAAAACUAGCAUUUUCAAGUGUUGAAUAGGCUGUGCAUCCCUACCCCACAGUGGAACCAUUAGAGCACUCUGCCUUUGGAAGGGUGUCAACUCACAAAUCUCUUUGAACAUAUACUCAUUAAGAUUCAUUGACUUACGUUUCAUCUGUGUAACACAGGGACAAAUUAUGUCACAUGGAGUAUCCCACUGGACAUGUACUUAGAGCUCAUCCGCAAGAUUAAAACACAUAGAGGUUGUAGGUGCACACCCAGGCAGAAGGAAAUGUCCAAUCUGGAAACUUCUCUUUCAGAGCAUCCAGCUGGGAGGAUCUCUUGUCUUCCCCAGAAAAAUAGUGGGCAGCAAUGGCCACAGUGAUCAUUCCUUCAGGCUGUUCUUCCAAGACCUAGCAGAGAGAGUUAGUGAGUUCUCUACUUCUACGGAGACAAAAUAUUAAUCCCAAGGAUUUUGCCAAAUACCACCUGGGAACUUGAUUUAUGUAUGAUACAAGCAGUACCGGGAAAUUCCCACCUGUACUUCUAUCCAAAACUGCCAUGCAGAAGCCUGGAGUCCAUGGGAGUAAAAUACAAAGUAAUCCCCUCCUUUACUUGUGACUGGGGUGCCACUGCCAAGAGACCACUGAGAAAGUGUUGACCCGUUGUGAGUUCGAAUAUAAAAUGACAUAUGGCUUGGGCCUGAAAGGUAAGAGGAAGGAGGAAAAGUUAAAUCUUUAAAAAGGCAUCAGUAAGACAAGCAAUUCAUAAUACAUCACCCAAACCAGUCUAAAGUGAUAAAAGGCAUGAACCUUCAAAAAGAUACUACAAACCUAAUGGUGAUUUACCAGCUUGGACAGUCAGUGUCCAAUAACAAGGGUAGUAAGUGAUAAAGUGCAGCAGAAAAGGCACAGAAUUGACAAGGAGACACCCUAAGUCUUGGUCUUGUCACUUAAACAUAUGACAUAGUAUUCAUGAGUCCUUCAGAAAUACACUAAGCAUUAUCCAACCAACAAAUAACUGAAAAAAGUAUAGGAAAGAACUGAUAGUGAUGUAUUUGGAUAUAUUAAAAUCCUCAUUAAGACAAAUACCAAGGAAUGGAUAAAAGACUAACCUAUAAAUGUUGCAUAUAACAAAUACUGAGAAGGAAAGAAAAUAGCAUAAGCAUAUGAAUAUUCCAAUAGUAGUAAAGAACAUCAUUAAAACUGUAAGAUAGCAAAAGCUUAAAUAAUGGUGACCAAGACAAAUAUAAACCAUCUAAAUACCAGAAAACACUAUUUCAAAUUAAGGAGCAAUGAAGACAUGAUUGGGAAAAGUAAUGUAGCAAAUACAUAACCAUAACACCUACAACAAAUUUGAGACCAUAUGUAUCAUUUUUAAGUAAAUUAAGAAACACUUCAACAUGGCUUACUAAGUCAGGCAUAACAUACUGUAUUCAAAAAACAUACUUAAGAUUCAGAAAGUGUAACAGUAGAGGUAUGAAAAAAGGUAUUUCAGACUAGUAGAAACCAUUUGCAGAGCUAACCCAUAUAUGGCACAACAGACCUCUCCUGUCUCACCCAUUGUUCCCCUCAGCAGUGUAUCUCAACUCACUAUGCCUGCUCUGCUCCCCACUCUGUCUCUGGUGAGUCCUCUCACACCCUGCACCUCUCUGGCCUAUACCUCAGUUCUUCUACACAAAAAUAAAUCUUAAAAAAAAACAAAAACUAAACAAAAUAAUCAAAAUAAUUGGUGAAGUAGAUAGGAACAUAUAUUCAUUAACCAGAACAGUAAGUUUGAUUGAUACAUAUCUUCUCAAGUGAACAUAAAACAUUCAUAGAAGUAUUAGGUAACAAGGUAUCAGAGUUCAAUUAAAGUGAAAUAAUACAAACACUCAUCAAAACUCAGUAAGACUUGAUCAACAAAACAAGAAGACUCCUACCUAGAAAUUAAGAUUUCUAUAUAAAGACUUGUAGGUGAAAGAAGCAGCAAAAUUAAAGAAAAAAAGAUCUUAAAUAAUGAAAAUAUUCCAUGUCAGAAAUUAUGGAAUAUAUGCAAAGAAUAAGUCACUUAAGUAGAAAACAAAGUAAGCAAAGGAGGAAAUAUAGGCAAAAGCAAGAAUAAAAUACAGAGAAAACAGACCUAAUUUAAACUAUCAAAAACUGCUGACUUUUGAAUUAGAGCAGGGGAGAGAGAGAACAGAAAAUACAAGU